AGCAAGCCAACUAGGUAAAAGGUUAUUUAAGCGUCAGUACAACCGUAAGACACCGUGGACAUGGCACAAAGGCAGCACUAUUCGCGUUCAUGUCGUCUCUCGGAAGUCAUAUGUUUGAUUUUAAAUAAACGGGGAAGGAAGGGAUCGCCAAAUCUGGUUUUAAUAUAAAUUUUACUUGUAAACAAACGAGAACAAUGCUCGAUUCUCACACUUAAACAAUCCAUACACAGACUCACCUUUUAUGCACAACUUAGCAUAAAGAGGUAGUUAAUAUUUUGCCAUUUUUGUGUGUUUUCAUCGAGUCACUGUAGUUCCUACGUUGCGUGUGCCCUCUAGAUGUGACGUCAUGUACUUCAAAGGCAUUUUUUUUCAACCGGGAAACUACGGUAUUUGCCCUUUGUCUCGUUUUAAUAGUUUAAUUUAUAGUUUAUUGCAUUUUAACUUGAACAGGGAAAAUAAAUUGUUCAGCCAGAGUAGCACAACUUCCGGUCCACUCGGCAACACUCGGCGUUAGUCGGGCCUUCGAAUUAAAUACAACUUUAUUUAUAUAGCGCGAAUUUAACAAAAAUCACAACAAAGCCAUCUCAAGGCACUUUACACGAGAGGUAAAGGUGGGGAUGGCGAAACCCUGUGGUGUGGUCAAACCCUGCUACCUGGUGAAACCAGUAUCAUCGUCCCGCAUGACCGGGAGAUACCUGAGCCACCAGAAGGGCUUGCCCAAUCUGCCAGUGCCUCCUCUGCAGCAGACCUGUGAGCGCUACAUCACCGCCCUGGAGCCCAUCGUGGAAGUGGAUGAGCUGACGCACACAAAGGAGCUGUUGGCUGACUUCCAGAAACCAGGAGGCGUUGGAGAAAGGCUCCAGAGAGGCCUGGAGAGCAGAGCAUGCAACACGGAGAAUUGGUUGUCGGAAUGGUGGGUGCAGGUGGCUUAUCUUGACUACCGUUUGCCAGUGGUGGUCCAUUCGAGUCCAGGCUUGGUUUUACCCCGCAUGGAAUUCAGUGACAAGCAGGGGCAAAUCAGGUUUGCUGCCAAACUCAUUGCAGGUGUUUUGGAUUUCAAGACGAUGAUUGACAAUGAGACCAUACCAGUGGAGUACCUGGGAGGGAAGCCUCUUUGUAUGAAUCAGUACUAUGAAGUACUGUCAUCUUGCCGCAUCCCUGGUGUAAAAAGAGAUGCUGUUGUGAACCACGCCAAGAGCUCCCGGCGUCCUCAACACAUCACUGUUGUACAUAAUUUUCAGUUCUUCGUGCUGGAUGUGUACAACAGUGAUGGGACUCCACUGACAGCUGACCAGCUGUUUGUUCAGUUGGACCGGAUCUGCAGCUCAUCACUCCAGACCAACACGGAACCUGUGGGCAUCCUCACCACGCAGCAUCGUGACAUAUGGGGCAAGGCCUACAUUAACCUCAUCAAGGAUCGGACAAACAAAGACUCUGUGUCGGCUAUUCAAAGGAGCAUCUUCACAGUGUGUUUGGAUGGGCCCAUGCCUCAAGUACCAACCAACGCACAUCGGAGCCGUGCAGCCGUGCAGAUGCUGCACGGAGGAGGGAGCCCGUGGAACAGUGGCAACCGCUGGUUUGACAAGACACUGCAGUUUAUCAUUGGAGAAGAUGGGACAUGCGGUGCCAAUUAUGAGCAUGCCCCUGCUGAGGGUCCUCCCAUUGUGGCGCUGAUCGACCAUGUGGUGGAAUACACGAGGAAGCCAGAGAUGGUUCCCUCUGCCAAGGCGCCCAUGCCCAUGCCCAUGCCCAAAAAACUACACUUCAACAUCACACCUGAGCUCAAGAAGGAUAUAGAAGAGGCCAAAAGGAGCAUGAAUGUAUUGGCUGAAGACCUGGAUGUGAGGGUUAUUGUGUUCAAUCACUUUGGAAAAAAUGUACCAAAGGCCCACAAGAUGAGCCCCGAUGCGUUCAUACAGGUGGCACUACAGCUGGCUUACUAUAGGAUGUAUCAGCAGUGUUGUGCGACAUAUGAGAGCGCCUCCCUGCGUAUGUUCAGGCUGGGUCGUACCGACACGAUCCGAUCAGCCUCAAGUGCGUCCGCUGCCUUCGUGAAGGCCUUCGAUGACCCCAACAAACAGAACACAGAGAAAGUGGCUCUCAUGGAGAAAGCAGUAAAAGCACACAAGGCAUAUACAAACUUGGCAAUCAGUGGUCAGGCCAUUGACCGACAUCUGCUGGGCCUGAAGAUGCAGGCUGCUGAGGAGAAGAUCUCCAUUCCUAAAGUCUUCAAAGAUACAUCCUACGCCAAAGCCUUGCACUACCGCUUAUCCACCAGUCAGGUACCAUCCAAGACCGACUGCGUCAUGUGUUUCGGCCCGGUCGUACCGGACGGAUACGGCGUGUGUUACAAUCCGAUGAACGAGCACAUAAACUUUGCGGUGUCUUCUUUCAAUACGUGUAAAGAAACCAACACCGCAGAUCUGGCCCACGCUGUGGAGAACGCACUUCUGGACAUGAGGAUGCUGCUGGAGCAAACGCCGAGAGCCAAACUAUGAUCCAGACGGGGAUAUCGGUAACACAUCAUGAACUUGUAUGAUGUUAGUGAUCAUUGGGAACUUCAAGUAAUGAUGCGAUACCUUUUUAUGGCUUUACUGAAUCGCACAAGAAGGUACAAACCCAUCAAUCAUUUAUCUAGCAUUUAAUGUAUUGAUCUAUCAUGAAAUGUUUACUAUACUAAAACCAAUUUACAGUAGAUUCCUGCAUAUUUGUCAUCGAGCGCUCAAAUUUGUGUAUUUUUGAUCCAAUUUCUCAUCUUGUGCUGAUAAUCACCACAAUUAGGCCGUUUAUUGGCGUCUCAUUAGCCCAAAUAUUUACACUCUUAAUCGCACAGCGUAAACCAACAAGCGCUUACACACUAAUACACAUGCAAAACAAUUCUAUUUCAUAACCCGCAAGGCAUGCAGGGAAGCCCAGGCGCGCACUUCGCCAACAGGAAGUUGCCCAGCAUACCUUGAGGGUUGUACAUGAGUAUAAAAUGGCAUUGUUUGGCGUGUAUAGUAUUGUGUCAGCGUAUGCAUUGUGUUCAAUGUCUUACUUGUUAGUGAGGCAUUGGUUUGUCAAAAUAAGACAUUUUUAUGGGCAAGUCGUGAGAAUGCAACUCCUGCGGAUGUCGGCGAUCUACCGUAUAAGCCAGGGGUGGGCAAACUACGGCCGGGGGGCCACAUCCGGCCCGCCAAGUGUUUAAAUAUGGCCCGCACGUUCUUUCCAAACUUAACAUACAACCUGACAUCAUGGCUUUAGCCAACCUUUUGAUGGUUUAGGUAGUUUUUUUUUUUAAUCAAUUUGUUUAUUUGAUGUGAUCUGCUGUUUACAAAGUGCUCCUGAAAAAAGGACACAAGCACAUAUACAUAGCAGGUUGCAUGACACUUACAGAUACAAUCAUUCGAGGUGGACUGUUAGAAUUAUAUGCGUAAAAUAUAUACUCUGGCCCCCUGUCAAUUUUGUUAAAUCAAUGCGGCCCGCGAGUCAAAAAGUUUGCCCACCCCUGGUAUAAGCACAUGAAGGUCAUUGUACAAAAGUGAUCACAAAACAACUGUGAUGCGUAGCAAACACUUUAAAACGUAAAAAAACAUAUUCUAAAUCCUUCAAAGAUAAUCAAUAUCAUUAUGUCAUUAUUAUUAUUUUGCUGUGCUGCAUUUAUGGCCUUUUGUGUCAUGAGCAGAAAGUGGGGGCGGUGUAGUUGAAGUUCACAUUGCUACCAUUCAUGAUGAACACUAAUGUUCAAUUCCAGGCCAGUAGGGGUGUAAGGGUACACGUUUAUUAAGGUCAAGAUUCCUAUACAGUGAUUCUCAACUGGUGGGAGUUCAUUCAUUCAUUCAUUUUCUACCGCUUUUCCUCACGAGGGUCGCGGGGGGUGCUGGAGCCCAUCCCAGCUGUCCUCGGGCGUAAGGCGGGGUACACCCUAGACUGGUCGCCAGCCAAUCACAGGGCACAUAUAGACAAACAACCAUUCACUCUCACAUUCAUACCCAUGGACAAUUUGGAGUGGCCAAUUAACCUAGCAUGUUUUUUUGGAAUGUGGGAGGAAACCGGAGUACCCGGAGAAAACCCACGCAUGCACGGGGAGAACAUGCAAACUCCACACAGAGAUGCCCGAGGGUGGAAUUGAACCCUGGUCUCCUAGCUGUGAGGUCUGCUGGUGGGAGUUGUUUAAAAAAAAAAAAAAUAGUGUAAUGAUCUGCUGUCGGUGAACCUCGCGUCUGCUCGGUUCGCUGGCUACGCCGAGGUGCGUGCCAUGUUUAAGGGGCGACUUGGUCAAGCUUGAGCGGGAGGGGGGCGGACAUCAAGUAUGGCCUUAAGGCGCCGUCCAUCCAACACAUAGCUCGAUAGCAAGAUAUCUACUGAAGGAGAGCGGGACAUAAAUCGAAAGCUGAAGUUGAGUUGCAUGGCAAAUUCCGCCCACAAUCAAGACUGCCAGGUACAGUACGAUGGUACCGUUUAAUGCUAAAUUAGAUUUAUUGGCUCAGAUCUAUUAUUAUGAAAUCUACUGAGUGUUGAAUCAGAGCAACUGGACUGGUCUGAUUUUGAACUUCUUGUUUCACUUCUCGUCCAGGUUCAUGUGCCAAUGCUCUGAUUCAACGCUCCACUCUCUCUUUACACACGCUUUUAGUUCAAAAUCAUUUUUAAAUAUGUGGAUUAAAGCGUAUCGCUGAACUGAUCAUGAAACUGUUUUUGUGUUGACAUGCAGUCGUAUUGUUGUUAUUAUUGCACUACCUCACACUCAAACUGCUCAUGUUGGGAGCAAGGAGAAGGCUUUCAAAAGUUAGCGUCCUUUAGGCAGUCUUUUUACAUUUCAAAUGUAAAUACAGUAAAUAAAUGUCUUUUACAAGUAGCUAAUAUAUAUUUCAUAUUUAAUAUACUUAUGUCUGCAAUUUGGCUCGCCACUCGUCAUUGAAGGGUGACGCCGGCUCCCGCAGCCAAACCAGUUGAGAAUCACUGCUCCAAUAAAUUAAAUUCUUAAAUUAAAAAUAAUAAUUGAACAAAUAAUAUGUAUUGAUUUACAGUGUAAGACAAUGCAGACUUGUCUAGAGAGCAGCACUUAAUCAAUUAUCAUCUGAUUAUGAAUCUGGGUGCCAUUACACUUCUGUAUGUGAUGCAUUACUUAUUGUUUAUGAAUAAGCAUAUACAUUGUCAAAAAGAAUAGAUUUCGCAACACUUUCUGCCAAUAUGGCUGCCAUGUUUUGUUUUGGUUUACUUCAGUCGUUCUCAAGACUCAUUUAUGCUGUGCCUUCACUUACGUCACUUUGGCCAAUGAGGCGUUGAUUUUUACUGUGAAUGGUCCUUUUUUUUUUUUUUUUUUACAGGACUGAGAUUCUAACUGAAGUGAUUGUAAUAAAAAAUGUAUCAUUAAAAUAAUUGUCAUUUGCAGAA